UCUAGAGCUAUCCGAAAGGAGCCACUGUCAUGUUUUUUGGUGAAUCAACCGUUGUACGCAUCCGUUUCUACCUUCUACCUCAAAGUUAAUUCUCUUCCUGUAAAAGCAACGUCGCAGACACCAACUAUAACUGCCUGACGAGACCCGAUCCGAUCCGAUCCCCUUCACAUCCUCAAAGGACCGAUCGAUCUUCUUUCCAAGGGUUUGGAUCUUCAAACUAUUUACUAUUUUUGAAGGUGGGUUUGACUCUCUCAGGGAAAAAGAAAACAUGAGUGAGGUAUUCGAAGGGUACGAGCGACAGUACUGCGAGCUCUCUGCUAAUCUCUCCCGUAAAUGUAGCUCGGCUGGUCUUCUUCCUCCUGGUGAGCAGAAGCAGCAGAAGGUUUCUGAGAUUAAGGCUUCAUUGGACGAUGCUGAUGUUUUGAUCCGAAAAAUGGACCUUGAGGCUAGAAGUCUACAGCCAAGUGCAAAGGCUGCAUUGCUUGCUAAGUUAAGGGAAUAUAAAUCUGAUCUAAAUAAGUUGAAAAGGGAAUUUAAAAGAAUAGCAUCUUCUAAUGCUGAUCAGGCCUCCCGUGAAGAUUUGUUGGAAUCUGGAAUGGCAGGUGCGCAUAUGGCUUCUGCUGAUCAAAGGGAAAGGAUGGCAAUGUCAGUUGAGAGAUUGAAUCAAUCAAGUGACAGGAUUAUGGAGAGUAGAAGAACAAUGCUGGAGACAGAAGACCUUGGUGUUUCAAUCCUCCAAGAUUUGCACCAACAGCGUGAGACUCUCCUACAUUCCCAUAAAAAGCUUCAUGGGGUAGAUGAUGCUAUCGACAAGAGUAAAAAAGUUCUAACCGCCAUGUCGCGCAGGAUGACCAAGAACAAAUGGAUCGUUGGCUCAAUAGUUGGAGCUCUUGUUGUUGCUAUCAUCUUUAUUCUAUUCUAUAAGUUUUCACAUCAUUGACUUAUACAUUGUUUGGGGUACAGAUGAUAUUCUCCAUUACUCCGUGUGCUUGUUUGUAUAUAUUAAUUAAACAUGUCCGAUUUGUACGAACGAUAUAAUUCAAUAAUUAUAUCAUAGUUGGCGUGCUU